AUGAGGUAUACAAAGAGACAGUGGUAUACGCCUGCAGAAAUAGCCAUUCACAAUACAUCGAAGGAUUGCUGGGUCUCGCUAAACGGGACGGUGUAUGACCUCACCAGUUGGCUGGAGAAUCAGUUCCGAGUGUGUAAAUGCACCAAGGAGUGCUCGUGUAAAGUCAAGAAUUGGUUCUGCAAUGAUUCAUGCGUGGAAUACUGCCCUUGUUUUAAACAGGGCUACUUGUACUGUGAUGCUAAAAGGCUGGCAAUGUCAAUUUUAGCUUAUGCCGGCAAAGACCUUAGCCAUUGGUUCAAAGGUGAAGACUGGGUGCAUUACACACACCCUAUUGUUGGUUCGAAAACGACACACAUGAUUCAUGGCCAUGGUAGUCAACAGCCAGUGGUCCCUUCUACUUUGUGGAGGCCAAUCGAGAAACCCUGGUGGUUGAAUGAAAAGUACAUGGUCGGGAAAGCUACGGCUCGAACUAGACCUAUUAGGAUCACUAACACCAUAACUGGUUCAACAGUAACUCUGGAGGUAUGUUCAGAAGAGACCUUGUAUGAGGUGAUGAUGAGAUACUUCCCCCACAAUCGACACUUGUCGUCCUACACUUGGCGGUACUUAGGCAAACCGUUGUGCUAUAACAAGACAUUGGCGGAAAACAACAUACCUGAUGAACGCGAUAGAUUCAGUGAUGUAGCUUUGGCUGAGAACAUCCAUAUACCCGCCAUCCUGAUUUACUAUGAUGAUGAUUUAACUGAAGAUCCACCUGUCCCAUAUUGCCCUUGCGGAGACCACACGUGCGUAUUGGGACUUCAACAGUGCACUAAACAGAAGGCACCAGUUAAUAUUACAUAUUAA